GGGGCUUGUUUCCCUUUUGGCACCAGACGCAUCUGUCACCGACUGCUACUGGGCGCCUGGAGCUGCCACAAUCAUGCCGGCCGGGUUUCAGCAACUCGGAGGGGAGACAGUGACUGGAACCCUUGCUCUAUCAGUCUUCACUGCUGUCCUGGGAUCUCUGGAGUUUGGCUACAACAUCGGCGUUAUUAAUGCACCGCAGAAGAUCAUUGAGGAGGACUACAACGCAACAUGGGUGCACCGGUAUGGAGAGCCCAUCCCCACAGGGACCCUUACCUCCCUCUGGUCACUGUCCGUAGCCAUCUUUUCCAUUGGGGGCAUGCUCUCCUCUUUCUGCGUGGGUUUUGUCUCCGAGUGGCUGGGCAGGAGGAAAGCCAUGCUUAUAAACAACUUGUUUGCCUUUAUUGGUGGAAGUAUGAUGGGGAUGUCCAAGCUCUGUCGCUCCUUUGAAAUGAUGAUCCUUGGACGUUUCAUCAUUGGUGCCUACUGCGGAUUGGCGUCUGGCUUGACGCCAAUGUAUGUGGGCGAGAUAGCACCUACGAGUCUUCGAGGGGCACUGGGCACGCUGCACCAACUGGCUAUAGUCACUGGCAUUCUCAUAGCACAGAUCCUUGGUCUGGAGUCAUUGCUCGGCAGUGAGGACUUGUGGCCUGUUCUGUUGGGUUUGACUGUCGUGCCGACUGUACUUCAGAUGAGUCUGCUGCCCUUCUGUCCCGAGAGUCCCCGAUUCCUCUACAUUGUCCGGUGUCAGGACCACCAUGCCAAGAGUGGCCUGAGGAGGCUAACAGGCAGACAGGAAGUAGACGACAUGCUGGCUGAGAUGAAGGAGGAGAAGAAGAGGAUGGACAUGGAGAGGAAGGUGUCCAUCCCAGAGCUCUUUCGCUCCCCACUUUACCGCCAGCCCAUCGUCAUCUCCAUCCUGCUGCAGCUCUCCCAACAGUUAUCUGGGGUCAACGCAAUCUUCUACUACUCCACCAGUAUCUUCAUGAAGGCAGGAGUCCAGAGUCCAGUCUAUGCCACCAUAGGAGCCGGAGCAGUAAACUGUGCCUUCACUGUGGUCUCGCUUUUCCUCAUAGAGAGAAUGGGUCGACGGACGCUCCACAUGCUAGGACUGGGUGGAAUGUGCAUAUGUGCCAUCAUCAUGACCAUAGCUCUGGCUUUACUGGACAGCGUUCCUGGAAUGAGCUACAUCAGCAUGCUAGCUAUCUUUGGCUUUGUGGCCUUCUUUGAGAUAGGCCCUGGUCCUAUCCCAUGGUUCUUUGUAGCUGAGCUGUUCUCUCAAGGGCCGAGGCCAGCUGCCAUGGCAGUGGCAGGCUGCUCCAACUGGACUGCUAACUUCAUUAUCGGCAUGUGCUUCCAAUAUGUUGCUGACCUUUGUGGGCCAUAUGUCUUCCUGAUCUUUGCAGCACUUCUCCUUUUCUUCCUCAUCUUCACAUUCUUCCGGGUGCCAGAGACACGGGGUAAGACAUUUGACCAGAUUGCAGCCAACUUCCACCAGCGCACAGCAGGAGGGAUGAUGGACAUGGACAUGGACAUGGACAAGCCCAGCACUGAACUGGACUACUUGGGAGAGGAAAGCAUCAACUGAGGAGUCCCUGUGGAAGAAAAAUGAAACUGAGAACAGGAGAUGAACUGUACAUACAGGCCUGGCCCCAAGCUUUGAUUUUCUGACUUGUAUAUUGCAGUCUAUUGUUGCAUUUGUGUAGAUUGUGGUGCCAAAGCAGUGUUAAAAGUGUGUGACAGUUUGGUGCCACAUCAAUACAUGGUUAUGAAUUCUGUCUUGACUAGAACAACAAACCUGUGGAUUUAGGGUUGACUGUUGUAGUUUCAAAGAAUAUCGUGCACAUAUGAAUGAUAUGUCUGGACUGUUAAGGCAUUGACUGCUGAUGUGAUAUGGUUUUAUUCCAUGGCGGUGCACUCGGUUGCAAUGUUGAUAGAUGGAGGUGUAGAGAUUUCCUGCACUUUAUAAACAAGACAUCCAAAGAUUGUAGGUACAGGAACAGUAGGAAAAGCAGCCAUGAGGUUGAUAGUUAGCCUGUUUUUAUUGUAGAUGGGAACACAAUAGAAGAUUAGUAAACGUACCUAAAUUUCAGAUUUAAGUGGUUCACAUAUGGCACUCAUAGCUUAAACUACGGAAUUUGGUUCUGAACACUUCGGGAUUUUCAUCUUUCUUAGCUACCAACUGAAAUGUGUGCAUAACCCCAAGUAUUGAAAAUUGUCAUGACUAUAGCUUAUGGUACAGUUGGACUGAUAUGCAAUCUUUGGCUAAAAAUGUGAUUUGAAUGAAUUUGCCAAAAUUUAAUGCAUUUAUCCAUAGUCCUUCAUGUCAGACAUUACCAUUUUGGACAUCUAAAAAAAAAAAAAACAUGUUCUUUACCGGGCUUUGCAAAAGUUCUGUUACACUCGGUUUCAUGAUCUUUAGAGACGUUUACAUGUCGGAGUGAAAAAUUCCAUUAAAUAAACUGAAAGUUCUACCUUA